AGAGAGAGAGAGAGACUGCAAAUCUCUGGUCUGAGUCUGUGAACUUCAGCGACACCAAACCAACUCUUUACAAACCUUCAACAGUAUCAGUGUGGAACAAAUACUGCGGACAUCUGAUAAGUCUGCUGUGUUUGGUUUAUAGCCCCGGUUUUUGAUUAAUACCAUAUGUCACACUAGUUUAAUUGUCAGUAGGAAUAUGGUUUUAAUUUUUUUAUAAAUAACUUUUUGGCUGGGAAACUAUAUCCUGGCCACGUGUAAACUCCUCACAAGUGAGUCUGUGAGCGUUGUGAUAAAAUCGAAUUAAAACCAGAUUCAUUUUGAGCUUCUAAUUAGUGGAUAUUGAGGAGGGGGAGGUGGGGGAGUCUUACUUUAAAUGUUACAAACAGAGAUGGAGAUGAGGUCUGGUGAUGUCCGGGGCGCCGCAGCAGCAGCCUGUCAGGUAUGAGCAGAGCCAGUGUGAUUAAAUGUGGGAGGUAGAAUCAGUGAGGCUGGCAGAGAGCGCUGCUGCCGCUGCGAGCUGCAAACUACUGAAUGGGAAUCUAUCCGGCAACUUCAACACACCGCUGUCUGACGGCGACGCGGGGGCUCUGCUGCGUAAAACCAAGCGCUGCGUCUCGAAGUCUGGCUCAGCCCAACUCACAGACGGACAGGACGCUCAAGUUGGAUCGGGCGAGCAGCUCCUCACUUGUUCUCGUCGGCGCUCGGCUCCAGCCACGAUCAUGCCUGCCAUCAAGAAGGAGCGGCUGGAUGGAGAUGACAUGGCACUGACCGCCUUCAACCAGUCCGAAUACCUGGCCCCUUUAAAUGCCGCCGCCAUCCCCGUGGUGACCCCUCAUCCGCCGCCCUACGACCACAUUUUCGCCCAUCAUCGCGCCUACUUGGGGCUCCACGACUCCACGGCGCUGCAUCAUCACCAGCAUCUCCACCAUCACACGGACGACUUGAUGCUGGAGAGGUUCUCCUCCAUCCCCGACUUCCAGCCGUUCUUCGACAACGGGGAGCCGUGCAUCGAGGUGGAGUGCGGAGAAAACAAGGCUCUACUUUAUAUCAAUAAACUGUGUCAAGGCAGUAAAGGACCUUCAAUUAAAUACAGAGGCGAGUGGCUCACCCCCAAUGAGUUCCAGUUUGUCAGUGGACGAGAGACUGCCAAAGACUGGAAACGGAGCAUACGACACAAAGGUAAAAGUCUGAAGACUCUUAUGUCCAAAGGAAUCUUACAGGUGCACCCCCCCAUCUGCGACUGUCCUGGCUGUAGAAUUUCAUCUCCAGUGAACCGUGGACGCUUGGCUGAGAAACGCACCAUUCCCCUUCCUCCCAACCGUGUGCCUAAGAAGGAGCUGGCCUCCAUCUUCAGCAGUGACGACAGUGAAGGCAGUGAGCGGGCUAGUGGGGAUAAUGCCCACAUCAAACAAGAGGACGAGUUGCAAUACAGUAUCAUGAAAAAGAGUCGUGACAGUGACCUGUCUACAAUCAUCUCCAACCUGCACCAAAGCAGACAGCACGGCAUGCCUGAGGGCCAGUCAGCCUCUGACCACAGCAGCAGCACUGGGAAUACAGAUGCCCUUCUAGGCAAGAGGAGAAGCUUCUCUCCCAACAGCAGCAGCAGCAGCAGCGAGUGUCCCUCUGACAGCAAGAAGUCACGUAGCAUUUCCCCCAAAGAAAACUCCCAGAGUCCAGUCGUGGAGGCCGGCAGCAGCCACAUGAGCCCCGAGGAACAUUACAGACGCAUGAUGUCAGCACUCAGUGAACAGGGCUCCUACGAAGAGCAGCAGCAGCGACUCUAUCAACUGGCGAGCAGCAUGGGUCUGCCCGGCCACGAGAUACUCCGUGCUCGUCAGGAGGCGCUGGCUGCAGCUAUGAGGAAUCCGGCAGUUUUAGAAGCUCAUCUGCCCUCAGCGGGCAGCUCGUCUUCAUCCAGCCAGAGACGCAAGCAAGGUCUGCCGCAGCACCGGGACGCACAUUACCCUGACAGAGAACUCUCACACCCUCCUCCCUUACUCUCACCUCCGACCGCCCCCCACAUCACCUUAGGACCUCACCUGCGGCCUCCGUUCCUGACCAUGCCUUCUGCUCUCUGCCAGGCCCCUGGCUACGGUUUCCUCCAACCAGCUCAAGCUGAGAUCUUUGCUCGGCAGCAGGAGAUGUUGAGAAAACAGAAUCUGGCCAGACUUGAGAUGUCUGCAGAGCUGCUGAGGCAGAAGGAGUUAGAGAAUCUCCACCAGCGACAGCAGCAGCAGCAGCGUCUUCUGGGCUCAGACUCUCUGGGAGCUCUACCUCCUGGCCUGCCCUCUGACCAUCCGGCCCUGCGGAGUCUCCAUGAAAUUCCAGAGGGCCACCCUCUCCGCGAGGAACUGGUCCGCCGCUCAAAUGCGAUGCUGGUGCUUCGCCAUGGGGCAACCGCGCCCCUCCUCACACUCAACCACCACCAGCAGCAGCAGCAGCAGCAGCAACAACAACCAGGGACGUCCUCUACUCUAAAAGACAGCCUGGCACAGAACUCCACUGCUGAGACGGAGGCUGAAUCCAGGAAGCACCUUCGCAGAGGCCCCCAGAUGGAGCUCCGAGCAGGGCACCACACAAGAGAAAGAGAGGGCAGAGGACGGGACGGAGACAGGGACAGAGACAGGGACUUGCAGGAUGAGGAGAUGAAGGACUCAGACAGUGAGACAGAGAUGUGCUCAGAGAGACAGGAGAGCAUGUCUGCCAGGUCCACCAGCAAACCCAGGGACAGAGAGACAGACGGUGGUAAGGAGACUGGCAGCAAAGGAGUGUGUGACACUGCCAAGGAGCCUGGAGAGAGCUCAGACAGGCUGAGCGCCCCCUGCAGCUCAGCAGGCACAGAGUCACCCAGUCGCCAUCUUUUCACUCCUGGACUCAGCAAGGCUGAUGUUAAGUACCACCUCCCUCCUGGGUUUGGACCUCCACUGCCUGGACUUCACACCCAGCCGUUUCCAUUUGGAUUUCCAUACAUCAACCCCUACUUUCACACAGGCUCUGUGGGAAGUCUUCUGAUGGAUGGGGAGGACUCGGCCACGGCAAACCCUGCGGAGGACAUCAGCAAGUGGAGUGUGGAGGACGUGUGCGGCUUCAUAAGCAGCCUGGCCGGAUGUGCUGAAUACACACAGGUGUUUCGGGAUCAGGCCAUUGACGGAGAGACUUUACCGCUGCUCACUGAGGAGCACCUGCUCAACACCAUGGGACUAAAGCUGGGGCCCGCGCUCAAGAUCCGCUCACAGGUGGCUCGGCGGGUCGGCAGGCUCUUCUACAUGACCGGGUUCCCGCUGGCGUUCCCGUUUCCACCUUACGCCUCUCUGCGCCCCACAGACCGAGAUUCCCUUACGACGCCCUCGGACGCCCCGGCGCCCCUCUCUCUCUCCCUGCCCCACAGACCCACGUCCACCAGCAGCAGCUCCUCUCCCUACAGCGGCCCCACUCCCGGCUGCUCCUCCCCAAAGCAGGAAAACGGAAACGGAUCGACGGUGAUGGGGAGGUACGAGGCCAAAACACCCUCGUAGGAGCAGACGGGCGGGAGGGAGGAGGUGCUGAAACUGAAACAACACACUGACUCCUGGGCCCUAUUCAUCAGACUCCCCCACCCUAGGAGUGUUUUUUUCUGAAAUUUAUGGGAAAAUGUUGGACUGGAUUAAAAGAGACCUGGACAGAAUUGAACCGUCUCCUGUAAAGCAAUCAGCUCCACUGCAGCCCAGCAGAAUCCAAAGAAAGUCAGUUGGAAGGAGAAACAUGAAGCAGCAGAGGAAGAGAGGAGACAGAGAGGAGAAGGAGACAGCUGGUCACAGAACGCCUGCCAAAAAAGGAAGAAAAAAAAGCCAAACCCUGCCACAAAUGCGACAUUCUUGCAAGUCAGACAGUCAGACGCUGGAGGAAACUCGUCCUUCCUUCCUGGGCUGGAGGAAGCUCUGCUCACUCACUUGUAGUCUCUCUAUCUACACUCUCACCACAAGCCCUGCAGAAACCAGAAAUUAAGACAAGACUCCUCUGCACUCUUUUCUCUCCCUGCUGCCAUAGUUUGUGGAGCCAAACGGCAGCACUGAGCUCUCUCUCUCUAUCUGUCUCUAUGUCUCUCUCUCUCUCUCUUGUUCUUUUUUUUUGUUAGCCUGGAGUUGAAGCGUACGCUGAGCAGCCCCAGACCCGACCAGCUCCCUUUUAUCACUGCAACUAUGCAUUCCACUGUUCCGAUACCAAAGAUGAGCGGACGUGUGGAAUUGGACCCAGGUUUCACAGAGUGUCUGCUCCGUUUUGCAUUAACGUUCUCAGAGAAAGACCGGUCCGACAGCCAAGCGUGGGCUAGUGUCUCAAACCGUGGACGCUGUUCGAGGCGACACUGGUCAAACUGUCGUUUCCUGACACGCAGACUUUAAAGUGAAAUGAAAAGCCUCUCUGGCUUGGAUGGGUUUUGUCGUUGAACGCUUCUUGUGUUGACUACUGUGGGAAGUAGGAACACCAUGCAGAACUGUACAGAAUCCGGCUUAAGAUGAAAAUAUCCUGAAGGUUAAACACGUGGUACUUUACCUUUUUGUUAAACGUAGUUGCACGAAUAAUGUUUUCUUUACUGAAAAAAAUGUGACUUGCUGAACUUUGUGGGUACUUCUGUUCAUACUUUUUUUAAGUGUCAUAUUAAAGGAAGACGCUCCAAUCUUGAAUCGCUAUUGCAGCAUAUAAACGAGGAAAAAAAAUAUUUAUAGGACUUUUGACGUAGUACAUAAAGCAGAUUAUGAAAUGUAUUCUAAUUAGCUCUUCAGACAGAUCCAAAGAAAACUGUCACCUGGUUCUCUCUUGGUUGCAGGGAAAAGAACGGCACAAAGCUCUUAAUGCAAAUGUUUUGAUUUUAUGGAUUUUUUAAGAAAAAAAACUAAACAAGCAAUGGAUUAAAAAUGGUCUCUAGAUUUCCCUUAAAAUGUUUUUGUCUUCAUCCUAUUUUUAUAUUCACCACCUGGGUGAAAUAAAUCCUAAAGAAAC